AUGUCCGUACUUGUUGUUAUUAUGCCUUCUACCUGGUUUUCGGGAAGCUGUCGAAGCUACAGUGUCAUUGAAUCUUUGCAACACUGUUUACUGAAGUCCGACGACGAGGAGAUAUCCGCACUCCGUCGCGAAUUCGAAGCCGUCAAACAGAGUUUUCGCACUAUUCCCGAUGCGCUCAGAAAAAUGCCCAAAAUGAAUCCUAAAGGCAUAUAUGUGAAUAAGAACUUGAGAUUGGAUAAAUUGCAAGUUUAUGGGUUCGACUAUGAUUACACUUUGGCACAUUACUCGUCGCAUUUACAGACUUUGAUAUAUGACCUUGCCAAGGAGUAUUUGGUUAAUGAGGUUAGCUCUGACAACGCGCGCCGGCUGUAUGUUUUUAAGACCGCGGUUCCUUUCCUCACUCGUCUCGUUGCUUCUUCCAGCUUAGGUAUCCGGAGAGGCCUGUACUAUGAUAAGGCAAAAGGGUGCCUCAUGAAGCUGGAUUUCUUUAGUUCGAUUGAGCUGGAUGAAUGCUUCUAUGGUAGACGCAAGCUAAGCCAAAGGGAAAUACAUGACAUAUAUGGAACUCGUCACAUUGGCCGUGAUCAAGCUCGAUCACUUGUUGGCUUGAUGGAUUUCUUCUGCUUUAGUGAGGCAUGCCUUCUUGCAGAUAUAGUGCAGUACUUUGUUGAUGCAAAGCUAGAAUUUGAUCCUUCCUAUGUAUAUGAAGAUGUUGUUCGUGCAAUUGAACAUGUCCAUCGAAGUGGCCUGGUUCAUCGAGGAAUUCUAUCUGAUCCACAUAGAUACUUGGUGAAAAAUGGAAAGAUAAUACGUUUUCUUAAGAUGCUAAGGGAGCGGGGGAAGAAGCUGUUCUUGUUGACUAAUUCUCCUUAUUACUUUGUGGAUGGAGGAAUGCGUUUUAUGUUAGAGGAUUCUAUGGAUUGUAGAGAUUCCUGGACGGAACUAUUUGAUGUUGUGAUUGCUAAGGCCAAUAAACCGCAAUUUUAUACAUCUGAGCAUCCAUUCCGUUGUUACGACACAAAGAAGGACACAUUAACUUUUACCAAGGUUGAUGAAUUUCUUCCGGAUAAAAUUUAUUACCAUGGAUGCCUCAAAUCCUUUCUCCAAAUAACCAAGUGGAAUGGCCCAGAGGUGAUAUAUUUUGGAGAUCAUCUAUUUAGCGACUUGAGAGGGCCAUCUAAGGCAGGUUGGCGUACAGCAGCAAUCAUCCAUGAACUAGAGGCAUGUCUGCCAUCUAAUCCAUUUUCAAAGGCUUCCAAUGAGAGCGAAAUUCAAAUGCAAAAUGAAGAUACAUACCGUUCAGAGCAGGCAAAGUUUCAUAUAAUACAAGAACUACUUGGUAAAUUACACGCUACUGCAUCUAGUAGUCUGAGAACUCAAGCUUUCAAUUCACUUCUGGGAGAACUUAAUGAGGAGAGACAAAAAGCACGCAGCAAGAUGAAAAUGAUGUUUAAUAGAUGUUUUGGAGCAACAUUCCUGACUAGCACAGGACAAGAAUCUGCUUUUGCAUAUCAUAUUCACCAGUAUGCAGAUGUUUAUACCAGUAAGCCAGAGAAUUUUCUUUUGCAUUCACCUGAAGCAUGGCUUUAUGUUCCAUUUGAUGUCAAGAUCAUGCCUCAUCAUGUGAAGGUUCCAUCAAGCUUGUUGAGAACAGGAUGA